UUCGAUAGUAUAGUUGUAUUGUCAUUAUCUUAUAGUGUCCUUAACAUUGUUUAAGUACUGAGUUCAAAGUAACACAUAUUUAAUUAGAGAAUAUUUGUAUCAUUGAGGAAUCAUUUCAUGUAGUUUAUAAUGACACAUGUUAACCAGUAGUGUCGUGCCUUGAUGUGACAAGAUCAGUUGAUUCAUGAGACAGAAAUAUCAUUUAAACAUACUCUUUUGGUCUAACAUCAAAAUUUAUUUUUGUGAUUUUGCAAUAGGAAAUAACAAUGUAUUUAAUUGUGAUUUAAAAAAUGUAGAAAGGUGUAAAAUGAUAACGAAGUAUUGAAAACCUCAUAGAUACAAUGUCAGACAACGAUUUGUUUCAAAUUUAUGGGAUUGAUCGUCCUGGAAGAAUAAUAAGUAUAAGAUAUUCUCGUAUAACUGAGCCUAAUAUGCAUAGUCUUCGAAAUAUAGGAGUAACUAUAAGAAGGCAUCUUUCUAAUAUGAGACAAGAAAGACAAGCUAACACAUCAAAUAAUGAAGUAACCAAUGCUCAAGUUGAAGAGGUUGUGGCCAAUGAAGAACCAUUGCCUGAACUUGUGGAGACUGCACAAUCAACGAGUGACGUAACUGAUGGAGCAUCUUCUCCUAGUCAACCAGAAGUUAGUUCACCGGCAGUAAAUUCAGAAGAUGACAGGAGAUACUGUUGGGUGUGUUUUGCCACAGACGAAGAUGACGCGACUGCAUCAUGGGUAAAACCAUGUCAUUGUCGUGGUACAACUAAAUGGGUUCAUCAGGGUUGUAUACAAAGAUGGGUAGAUGAAAAACAGAAAGGACGUGCAGGCGCUAAUGUAGCAUGUCCGCAGUGCAACACAGAAUAUAUUAUUGUAUAUCCAAAUAUGGGACCGUUGGUAGUAGUAUUGGACAACAUUGAUGGUGUAAUUUUCCGAAUUUGUCCAUACAUAGCAGCUAGUAUAGUUGUUGCAUCUAUGUAUUGGACUGCUGUGACAUAUGGAGCAGUAACUGUAAUGCAAGUAGUUGGGUAUAAAGAUGGUUUAGCAAUGAUGGAACAAGCUGAUCCUUUAGUGUUAUUAGUUGGUUUGCCAACGAUUCCAAUACUGCUAGUAUUGGGUAAAAUGCUAAGAUGGGAAGAUCAGGCUCUCAACCUUUUCCGACGACACGCAUGUAAGGUUCCUAUUCUGAGGUAUUUUUUACCCAAUAGUUAUUCUAGUGAUGACAGAGCUCAGUUUGAAGAUAUGCCACCCAUGAGUGAUCCAAUAUCAGCAACACGUAUUCUUUGUGGUGCGCUUUUACUACCCAGUAUUGCCAGUAUAUGUGGCAAAAUAUUCUUCGAAAGUAUACACUCCAACUUUCAAAGAACGUUGCUCGGUGGUAUAGCAUUUAUAACAAUAAAAGGCGCGUUCAAAAUAUAUCAUAAACAACAACAGUAUGUGAGACAAUGCCAACGUCGUAUAAUGGACUACACAGAUGACAAUAUCGCAUUAUACAGAAGACAACAAAAUUCCGAUACUAAUCAAACAAGUUAAAUAUAAAAGUCUGUAUACUAUUCUAAAAACGCUUCCUCAGAUUUAGGGGAACUCAACUUCUUAGUGUACUUUUAUCAUAAAAACAAAUGUCCAAUGUAUAACUUUUAUGUAACAAUGUAAGUUUAUGGGUACUAUGAUCAGAUUUAACAAAUACGUAAGACAUAUAUAUAUAUAAGAAUGGGAAAUUGUCAUUAUAUACAUAAUUCUAAUUAGUAAAUUAUUAUAAUAUAUGUCUGGCAUGAAACAAUUAAUUGUAAGAAAUGUUAUACCUUUUAAACGUGUUAGUAGGACAACAAUAAUGUCUGUUCAACCUUCCUUGAAUAGUAAAUAAGUAUAAAUUGAUCUAUGCUGAUAAUGA